GUGUUGUUGUGUGUGGGGGCCGCGCCAGUCCGGUGAGUCGGAGCGUAGAGACACGUAGAGAGCGGCACGUAAGGGCCUAGGCCGGAAUCGAACCGCGGUGUCUUGGUCGUCGGCUCUUCUCUCUUUCUCCCACCCCUCUCUAUCUGUCGUCCCUCUUUCCCUCUCUCUCUCGCUCUCUCCGGCACGCACGAACGCGCGACGCACGCAAGCAAGCAGGCGGGCGAACGAGCGAGCGAGCGAGCAAGUGAACGAGUGAGUGAGUGAGCGAGCGAGUGAGCGAGCGAGCACGCACGCACGGCAGCAGCAGCAGUGGUGGCUCCCUGUCCGCGCACUGUCCGGUGACCGACCGUGGUUCGGCUGUGUCCGUCCGUCAUAUUAUAUUCCCGGCCCGAGAGAGAGCAAGGUUGCUGGCACGUAGUUGGUGGUGUUGCGACGCAGGAGGCGGUGGGGACGGACGGACGUACGGACGUACGGCGGGUGUGCGAUUCGCGGUGUGCGCGUACGAAGCGGCGGAACGAGGAGCCAGCGCGAGAGAGAGCGGUUUGGGACUGUGUGCCGGCCAUGGAGAAGCGGAUAGAGCUCGAGAAGCGGGGCAGAAACCCCGGCGACAUCAAGGAGCUUGUUCUUGAUAACUGUCGGAGUACGCAAAUCGUGGGUCUGACAAGCGAGUUUGUCUCCCUAGAAUCGUUAAGUCUCAUCAAUGUGGGUCUUACCAGUCUAAAAGGCUUCCCAAAGUUAUCCAGUCUUAAGAAGCUGGAGUUGAGCGACAAUCGGAUUUCGGGCGGUUUAAAUCUGCUCGAUUCGAGUCCCAAAUUAACUCAUCUGAAUCUGAGUGGGAACAAGAUCAAAGAUCUUGACACGCUACAGCCGUUGAAAGAGUUCAAGAACCUCAAGAGCCUGGAUCUCUUCAACAAUGAAGUGACAAAUAUGGAUAAUUAUAGAGAGAAAGUCUUCAAUCUGAUCCCUAGCUUACGAUAUCUUGACGGAUUUGACGCUGACGAUGACGAAGUUGAUGAAAGCGAGGACGACGAAGUCAACGGUAACGAAGACGGAGACGGCGACGCUAACGAAGAAGAAAGCGAAGACGUUUCAGACGAGGAAGAGGAUGAUUUCGUAGCUGAAUAUGAAGAACCAGGAUUAGACGUAGUCUACAAAGACAACCUUGAAGAUGACACUGACGAGGAGGAUUAUAUGGGUGAAGAAGAAGAAGAAGACGAUGAUGAAGAUAACGAGGACGAAGAGCAGGACGAAGAGGAAGAAUUGUCACCUGCACGAGGAAAGAAAAGAAAACAUGAAGACGGAGGCGAUUCAGGGAACUAGAACACUUAAGAUGGAGGCAAAUUUCUGGUACUGUUGAAUGAGUGUAAAAUUCGUAUAAAUAAUAACAAUAAUUGCGACGCCGAGUGAACAGCUGGGAAUCAAACUAAUCGACCGACCAAUGACAGACUCUACAGUUAGUGAUGUGAAUUUAUCAGUAAAUCAUUGACUGAAGGAAAAUUGUCUGUGUAACAACAAAAGAUUUGCCGUUGAGUAGGUGAAGUGGGAUAUAUGAAUGGUAGAUUUGCGAGAGAAAUAAGGGGAAGGAAAUGAAUGAUGCUGGCAUAAAAAUAGGGCUGCAUUCCAGCUGGACACAGCACAGUUUUAGUUAUACUAACGAUAUUUUAUAUAGAGUAUAUAGUUAGAGUAUUAGUGGUGUUGCAUAGAGUGUACGGAAGAUCGAAUAUUAAAUGAAUCGUGAAGAGAAAGCGAGUGAAAGAGAGGGAGAGGGCGAAAUUGAAAGAGAGAGAGAGAGAG